AUAUCACUUCAAUAAUAUAACACCUCAUCCUAACCACACACACACUGCGCCACCGUGUCACUGCGCCGCCGAACCACCCUGCGACGCGCUCCCUCUAGCCUCUGCCACAGUACUCAGUCUCUCUCUCACACAACUAAUCAUUUUCAAGAGACCUUCUUGGAAUCUCUCCCAUAUAAUCAAAUAUGGGAGUGAUGACCUUGAUUCCAAGCUGUGGCUUUUCCUGCAACAAUCACCAGCAUCAGAUCAUUCCCUCACACACCUUAAUAGCUCAAUCUUCAAUAGAAAAUGAGUUCCCAAGAACAAAAGUGGCUGUUGGUUCAAGAACAAAUUCCAGUUGGAUUGAUGGAGAAACUGAGAAAUUCUCUGGGGUUUUGAAGAGAAGAUCAAUUUUACUAUCUGGGUUUUCUUUACUUUCAUCAUCAGCUGUGGUGGGUUUCCCAAGUGAAGGCUUGGCUGUGGUGAAACAAGGCCUUUUAGCUGGGAGAGUUCCUGGUCUGUCUGAACCAAAUGAAGAAGGUUGGAGGUCAUACCAAAGACCAGAUGAAAAAUCAGGAGGGCAUGGAGUUGGAUGGAGUCCUAUAAUCCCUUAUGCCUUUUCUGUACCUCAAGAGUGGGAUGAGGUACCAGUAUCAAUAGCAGAUCUAGGAGGCACAGAAAUUGAUUUGAGAUUUGCAAACCCCAAACAAGGACGCUUGUUCGUUAUUGUUGCUCCUGUUCUCAGAUUUGCAGAUAAUUUGGGUGAGGAUGUGAAGAUUGAACAAAUAGGGCCACCAGAGAAAGUAAUAAAUGCAUUUGGACCAGAAGUGAUAGGGGAGAAUGUGGAAGGAAAAGUUUUGAGUAUGUCUGUAUCUGAACACUCAGGAAGAAAAUAUUACCAGUUUGAGUUGGAACCACCUCAUGUUCUCAUUACAGCAACUGCAGCUGGCAAUAGACUUUACUUGUUCAGUGUAACUGGAAAUGGUCUUCAAUGGAAGAGAAACUACAAAGAUCUAAAGAAGAUAGCUGACUCCUUUCGUGUUGUCUGAUUCAGAUACUUGUAAAUUUUUAUACCAAAAAUAUAAUGUGAGAUACUUUGGAAACUUUCAUACCAAAAAUAUGAAACUUUUUUUAUUGUAAUUAGAUAGAUGCUAAUUACACUUUUUUUUU